UGGCUGGCGUGCGGGCAGGGAGGCUUUCACUUCGCUUUUUAUAAUCUGUGAUUGCUUUCGCUCUCUUUUGUGUCGCCGCCAAGGGCUCGUAGGUCAGGUCGUAUCAGUAAAAUUGUAAUGCAGUCUGUUGUCAUUAGGAGUUUUUUCUCAACAUAACGCUACCGAAAUGUCUGUCCUCACGUAAGGUGAAGAGGAUCAAGAAUUGAUAAGAAAGAACACAGCAAGAUUAGACGAGGUGAGAAAGCACAGCUCUGAAUAGUGCACAGGUGUAUUAUGGCAACAGCACAUGCACUCUAUCAAAGGAAAUUGCAAGACAGGAACUGAGCAACGAAGAUAUGCUGCAAGGCAAGGAAUUAUUUAAGAGACGGGAAUGCUGUGAAAAUACAUAUAAUUUUGUGUGGUAAUGUGCCUGAUGUGCCAUUAGGUAGGCUGUAUUACAGACAUCACAAAGUUGACAUACUAAAUUGACUAGACUUUUUUAGUGUUCAGAAUGUUUCCAAGGAGAAGCACACGAUUGUUAACUAUGGCCUGUUUUGCCACUGCUUUGAUAUUAAUGUUGUACAUGAUCUCAAGUCCAUCUGAAAGCUCUAAGGUGGAUGUGCCUGAGCCCUUCUCAGCGAGGGCCCAACAUCGGUCUGCUCUUGAUGAUUCUUCCGAUUUAUUAACACAAAGUCCAGAAAAUAUUAAGAAACAGAAGGAAUAUGAGAGCAAAAUCUUUGCCAAAAUCCAUAAGAUGACGGCAGAGAAAGAAAUGAGGCGAAAGAUGAAUCAUGAUCCCUUGGGUGUUGUACUCCACAAGAAGCCAAGUGCAUGGGAAGGUCCUGGCAAACUGAUUGAGGAACAGAGUGCAGCAAUGGGCAGUGACAUGAAUGGAGAGAUGCACCUCAAACACAAGAUUGUUCACUUGGAUUUGAAGGGAGCACCUCCCAAGGUUGAGUACCUGAAGAAGCUUUUUCCACUCCUGAGCUCCUUUGGUGCAACUGGACUGCUUAUUGAAUAUGAGGAUAUGUUUCCAUAUUGGGGAAAGUUAGAGUCUCUUUCUGCUUAUAAUGCUUAUGCCAAAGGGGACAUUGCAGACAUCCUUGAGGUUGCAAAGAAGAAUAAUCUUGAGGUGAUACCAUUAAUCCAAACCUUUGGCCACAUGGAAUAUGUCCUGAAGCUAAAAGAAUUUGCAGAUCUUCGAGAAGUUCCAAAUUAUCCACAGGUUAUUUGUCCUACAAAUAAUGGAACAAUUCCACUGAUUAGAAUGAUGAUUGAUCAAAUUGUAGAAAUGCAUCCAGACCUUAACUGGCUACACAUUGGCUCAGAUGAAGUGUACAACCUUGGAGAGUGUUCCCGUUGCCAGCAUUUUCUCAUGAAUCAGCAGUUUGGCAAAAAUGACUUAUUUCUGCAUCAUGUCAAAACUGUUGCCAGAUAUGUAAAGGAAACUCAUGAUAUUCAGCCCAUAAUGUGGGAUGAUGAAUUUCGUAAGGUUCCUUUGAGGGCAAUCCAGAAUGCUCAGGUUGGGCAACUGCUAGAGAUCAUGGUAUGGAAGUAUGGUGAUAAUAUAAUGGUUGACCUUCGUUCAGACAUUUGGGAAAAAUAUUCAGCAGUCUUCAGUGGAAUUUGGGUUGCCAGUGCUUUUAAAGGUGCAUCAAGACCAGAGAGUUACAUAACAAACAUCAAUGACCGUCUGACAAACCACAAAGAGUGGAUGGAAGUUCUAGGCAUGUUUAAGAGUACCAUUCCUUUCCGUGGUAUUGUACUCACUGGAUGGCAGAGGUUUGAUCACUUUUCCAUAUUAUGUGAGCUGCUUCCUCAAGCAAUUCCAUCUCUUGCUGUUAAUCUCAUGUACAUUGCAGAGCAGAAAGCAGAUCAUGGAGCUUUGGCACGUGUAGGAAAUGUACUAAAAUGCAGCUCAUUUCUGAAUCUUGAUCUUCAGUACCUUGAGAAUCCCAAUAAAUGUGAUUUUCCAGGAAGUGCGGUCUAUGAAGUGUCUCAGAGAUUGUAUAUUUUGAAAAAAGAAAUUGAUGUAAUGUUGCAUAAUUCUCAUGUAACUGGCUGGGUCACUGACUAUAACAUUGAAAAUAAUUUUGCCAGUCCUCAGCAUGUGGAGCAAGGUCUUCAAGAUUUGUCAAUGCUUUUGUUUGAUUAUAACAAGCUGAUGAAGGAUGCUGAAACAGCUUUGUCAGAUGUAUUUGAUGAAUAUACAGUCAAAGAAUGGAUUUUCGUAAAUAUGAACCCAACACUUGAGAAAUUGAAAAAGUUUUAUGCAUCUAGCACAAAGGCAAUGGAGAAAACAGACUGGCCUAGAAGACCUCUAAAGUUUGAACAAGCAAAGGAUCUUUAAAUUAAACUUAUCUUUUAGUUAAGAUAUGGAAAUGGCAAAUAGAAAUGUGUUGCAUUUUGAAGACUGUGUUCAAGAGAACUUCCUACACAGAUGAUUGUGAUAUGAAGAAAUGUGUGCUCUUGUGUGCAAAUUGUAUUUGUUAAGGUUAUAGAAUCUCAAGAUUAUAUGUCAACCAAUAGAAUUCACUAUUGAAUAAGUAAAUACUAAUGAAAUUAUACAUUUAAUUUUUUUUUCUUUUAUCAUUGUGUAUUUUCCUAUUAAGUCAGGAUUGCAGAUGACAAGUGCAUAGUCAGGUAACAGCAGCAACAAAAUAAGGGUGCUACUUGCUUAAAGAAAAUUGUGAUAUAUCUAAUUCAUACUAAUAGGGCUAUGCUAUCAAUGUUUUUUGUAUGUAUCCUUUGUAUUCAUGGAAGAUAUUUAUCCUUGUGUGUCAAAACUCAGUUCCUUUUUGUCAUUCAGAUAUAUGGUGUAAAUAUUAGAGAAACAAUCUACAAAUGUAUCAGUGUAAGGCUCAUUGUAAUAACUUGUACCUACCUCUUUUCAACCUUACCAGAAAACAGACAGAAAAAGUAAGACUAUGAAUUCUUGUCUGCUUUAAUUUCCUGUUUGAUUUAAUUUCUUAAAAAAAAAAAUGAUUAUGAUUAUAAGUUAUCAUUGUAUACAAGUCAUAAUUUCCCAUCUUUAUUUCUCAAGAAAAUUGUUUGAUAACAAUUUUUAGAUAAUACUUAUUUUAGCUUUUAUCAGCACAAAGGCAGUGGUGAGAAAAUUAAAGGGGCAUGGAGAGGUACCAUGGUAUAGUUGCCUGGAUUAGUGUUUGCAUUUUUUAAAUUCCAAAUGAGCUCAUCAAGUCAGAUCUCCAGAGUUAACACUUGUUAAUGCAUUUAUUAUAAUGUAGUAACUUAAUUAGACUCAGUGGGCUUUAAUCAGAGGGUUUAUGUUUACAUUCAAGGAGUGGAAUGUACCCUGAUUGUAUACUGAAACAGUGUCAUAUUCAUGGUUGCAAAGUAUUUUAAUCCAUCAAAGUGUCACUGCUUUUGCUGUAUUAGAAAAUACAAUCUGUCACAGCUCUGUCACAUCAUUAUUAUACAUUAGUAUUAUUAUAUAAUUAAAUAUGUUUAUUUAAUUGCAUGUUUUUAGUUAGAUCAUUUGUUAAUAUUUUUUAAAAUCUGUAAAUUAGUGUUUAAGAAUAAUACUGCUUAAGUAUUCUGUACAUUUACAUGUACCUGCCCACACUCCAAAUGAUAUCUGUCUAUAUUUAUAUAUUCAAGUUCUGCUUGUUAUCAACUUAACAUCAAUUAACUAAAACAAUAAAUUUGAUCUCUAAAAGUAAUGCAUUAAGUUUUCAUGCUAUUUUCCACCAGCCAAAGGGAAAUCAUUAUUGUUAUUAUAAUCUUCUGUCUUGUUCUUAUUGAUAUUAUUAUUAUUAUUAUUAUUAUUAUUAUUAUUAUUAUUAUUUUAUUAUUAUUAUCAUUAUUAUUUU